AUGUCUCAGUCAUCUUGGUGGGAGAAGGUCAAGGCUGGCGGGAAAGUGGUGGGAGAUGCGACUUGGAAGGUUGUAGACAAGGUCGGAGCGCCGGUGAAUAAGCUGACGAACAAGCUUGGAAGCGAAGCGUUCUGGCCGACGACGUUGGACAAGGAGAGCGACAAGGCAGCACGGAUAUUGAAGAGUUUCUGCACGGAUGGCUUCUACGCCGAAGAGGAGCGGCAGCCCGUGGAUGGACCGAAGCAGAAGCAAAAGGUGCUUAAGAAAAUUCCCGCAAAGGUGAUCCAAAAUGCAAAAGGUUUGGCCAUCUUCACCACCAUGCGCUCAGGUCUAUGGAUGUCAGGAGCUGGUGGGUCUGGUAUCAUCAUCGCGCGCCUGCCAGAUGGAUCAUGGAGUCCACCUUCAGGCAUCCUGCUGCAUACCGCAGGUCUAGGUUUCCUGGUCGGUAUCGAUAUCUACGAUUGCGUCGUAGUCAUCAAUACCGAGCAAGCGAUGGAGGGCUUCACAAGGCUGCGGUGCACCCUGGGCAGCGAGAUCAGCGUCGCGGCAGGACCGAUUGGCGCAGGUGGCAUCCUCGACACAGAGCUCCACAAGCGACAAGCCCCGAUCUUCACCUACAUGAAGAGCCGAGGCUUCUAUGCAGGCGUCCAGAUCGACGGGACGAUCAUCCUUGAGCGGAUGGACGAGAACGAGCGCUUUUACGGGUACAAGUACCCUGUCAAGGACAUCCUGGCCGGCAAAGUCAGACACCCGCCGUACGAGCUCAGAACGUUGUGGCAGACCAUCAAGGCUGCACAAGGCGAUCGUGACUUCGACUCCACCGCUCUACCCACGGAACCGCCGCCGGGUGACUUCGAGGUCGAAGACGGUACCGUGUUCGGCGUGCCGGACAAGGAGGACCCGGAUCCGUACGGUGUUCUAGCCCUCGAGAAAGAAGGCAUGGGCUUAAAAGAAGCAGGUACCCACAAGCGCGCGAGCUGGGAACAGUUCAGCUUCAAUCCGGCACCGACCAGCCCGGUGCAUCAAAUCUACAAUCGCCACAGUCAGGACGCAACGACUUCCGUAAGCAGACACAACAGCUGGCGGACAAGC